AUGAAUAUGGCAUCAACAACAACAAUACCUAAUGCUGCUCAAUAUUUAAUUCAAUCGCAACCAUCAACAAAUAAUAAUAAAUUUAUCUAUAGUAGUUCAUCAUCAUCAACAAACGGUUCACAUCAUCCUAUAUCAAAUAUCAAUAAUCUUCCACAGCAUCAUGUAAAACUCGUUAAUCAUUUAAAUACAAAAUUUACAUCAUCAUCACCUUCAUCAUCGACAGGUUCUUCUUCAUCAACGAUAUCACCAUCGUUACAUUCCACAACUAAUUUGAUGAAACCUCCGUUAUCAAACAAUAACAACAAUAAUGACUUUAACACAUUAACAACAACACAAAACAAUAAUGGAAUGGUAACAACAUCGUUGACAGUACAUGAUAAUGGACUUAAUGGAGAUGCUGGCAGAAGUUUAUCGCAAAGCAUGGAUUCAAUUAACAACAUAGGAAUUGAUGACGAGAAUACCUAUGAAAUAGAUGAAAUAAGACAAAAGAUUGAGAAACUAUAG